GGGGGUCCUGGUCUUUGGCUUCUCGACUCGGUCCUGUUUCGACAGCGAACAUGUCUCGGCCUGUCAGAAAUAGGAAGGUCGUUGAUUAUUCACAGUUUCAGGAAUCUGAUGAUGCUGAUGAAGAUUAUGGAAGAGAUUCGGGCCCUCCAGCUAAGAAAAUUCGAUCAUCUCCCCGAGAAGCUAAAAAUAAGAGGCGAUCUGGAAAGAAUUCACAGGAAGAUAGUGAGGACUCAGAAGAAAAAGAUGUGAAGACCAAGAAGGAUGAUUCUCACUCAGCAGAGGACAGUGAAGAUGAAAAAGAAGAUCAUAAAAAUGUGCGCCAGCAACGGCAGGCAGCCUCUAAAGCAGCCUCUAAACAGAGGGAGAUGCUCAUGGAAGAUGUGGGCAGUGAAGAAGAACAAGAAGAAGAGGAUGAGGUGCCAUUCCAGGAGAAAGAUUCCGGCAGUGAUGAGGAUUUCCUAAUGGAAGACGAUGAUGAUAGUGACUAUGGCAGUUCAAAAAAGAAAAACAAAAAGAUGGUUAAGAAGUCCAAACCUGAGAGAAAAGAAAAGAAAAUGCCCAAACCCAGGCUAAAGGCCACAGUGACGCCAAGCCCUGUGAAAGGCAAAGGGAAAGUGGGUCGCCCCACAGCUUCAAAGGCAUCAAAGGAAAAGACUCCUUCUCCCAAAGAAGAAGACGAGGAACCAGAAAGCCCUCCUGAAAAGAAAACAUCUGCAAGCCCUCCACCUGAGAAAUCUGGGGAUGAAGGGUCUGAAGAUGAAGCCCAGUCUGGGGAGGAUUAAAAGUGAUGAUGGUUUGGGGAGAGAUUUUAUUAAAAAAAGAGAAAAAAAAAAGAAAAAAGAAAAAAAGAGGGGAAAAAAAAAGAAAACCUACUUAAGAUAGAAUAUGGUUUUGGCUAUGGCUUGACUCAUGGGCUUUCAAUGCUUUUUUUUUCCUUUUGUUGAAAAUAACAUUUUCUUCUUUUUCUUCUUUUUCUUCUUUUUUUUUUUUUAAGAAAACCAUUGUAUGUUUAAUUUACCUUUUUUGUCUAUGGGUCUCUUUGUCACGACCCCCUCUUCUCCCUCCCCCUCUUUCCCAAUGAAAGCCAUGUUAAAUUAA